GCAUCAAGUUUACUCAUAGCUGCGAACGGAGCUCUUAAUGAUAGCUCAUUGAUGGGAUCUUGAUUAAAAUGUAAAUACAAAUGAAGUGCUUAUCAUCGUGUUAUGAGUGAUGAGGGUCCAGUGAUAUUGUUUGUCGAGUACUUACGAUUACUAUUGCGAACAUCACAGAGUAGCUUCCAUGACAAUAUAUUCAAAAAUCAUUUACCUACAAUCGCUAUCAGUAGCUGUUAGUUCCGAAAAUCGCAACAUCGAGUCGUGAUGUCCAACAUGGAAGCAUUUGACAGCAGUCCAUGGCAAUCCACGGUUCUACGAGGUUCACCUACGAUUCCAUGAACUCGUUUGUACUGUAACCAGCUGUAACUAUCCUCGUAACGUGCGUGUCGUAUUUUAUCGUGACGGGAUUGUGGUAGUGGCAUAAUUUCCAAGUUGUUCAACAAUAAAAGCUUUGGAGCGGACAGGAUAUCCUCUUCAACGAGCGACAAUUGCUGUGUUUUAUCAAUUGCCUCAGAUUAAAUUUGCAAAGAUGUUGAUUUCUUAGAUAGCUUAAAUUGUGCAUUGUUCCCGACUGUUGUUGCAGUUCGAAUAAGUAUAGUCCGAUGUACGGUUAAAUAUAUGUCACAAUGGGGUUGCAAUUGAUUCACUGGCAUCUAGCUGAUUGAAUAAAAAUGUCAGAGUCUAAAGACAGUCAGGUAGAAAAGUGCGACAUUGUCCUUCCAAGACAAGGUCUAUUGUAUCAGGAGGAUACAUUAAAUUAUAUACUCUGCAAACCAAAAUUGAUCCCAUUGAAAUCGGUGACCUUGGAGAAAUUGGAGAAAAUGCAGAGAGAAGCUGAGAUUAAAGUCAGAGAAACACAAGAAACAGAAACCAGCUCUGACAUAAAUGCAUAAAUGUUUAUGUGUAGUUAUUGAUAAUAGUUUGAAAAUUGUAAGAUGCACUAAAUAUCACGGUAUUAAGAUAAAAGACAAGAUG